AUGAUGUUGAUGUUGUGGGGUGGACUCUUCAAGCAAAAAUUCUCCCGGGAGCUGGACCGAGCGUUGGAUGCCAAGAUAUCCCACAACAUAGAAGGAACAUGGGGUGUCCCGCUCAAGGCGAUCCGCACCUUCCUUUACCACCUUGCUGGUUUUGGCCUCAAACUCGACCGCGCAGCCAUGAAGAUCUACCAUGUCGGUCACGCUUUAGGCACGGUCCAAGACAACCUCCGACGUGUUCUCCCUUCCCUCCAGACCCACGCACUUGUGAUACUGGCGGAUGAAACACUCUCCCACGCCAUGAUCGCCUCCCCCUCAGCGAAUGGCUCCACCCUCACGGACGCCAGCGGGAUCUACUCGAUUGAAAAACCACUGGCUUCAACCAAGUGA